AUGAUAUUUAUUUAUUUAGCUGGCGAAAAAUAUAGCGGUCAAUAUAUUUCUAAAAUUGCAAAUGCUAUAGUUCGUAGAAAUGAAAAAAACAAAAGAGAAACCUUAUAAUUAAAAACGUUUAUUGAUCGGUAAUGAUUAUGUUACACCAGGCCAACAAGAUUUACAAAUAUUUGCAUACUUCAUCGAAAAGAAUUUAAUCAGUGAAUCAAAUACGUAUUUAGAUGAUUUAAAUGAUGCUAAAAAGUAUUGUGAUGAAAUAAUUGCAAGAAUAGAAACGGGUGGUGCUCCUAUUGAAGAUUAUUAUGAUGGUAAUUGUACAUACAUGUUAGAAAAGUUAUCACUUGCAACUGAAAAUAAAUCAGCUCCAGAGAAUCAAUGUUAUAACACGUAUGAUUAUAAAUUGAAAGAUAGUUAUCCUGAUUGUGGAAGUGAUUGGCCUCAAAAUUACUUACCUCAAACUACUAAAUAUUUAAACUCUCAAAAAGGUCAAAUCAGAUUAAAUAUAAGAAGGCAAAGAAAUGGCAAGAAUGUGUAAAUAUUAGAGAAUUUGUUGAAGAUUCAAGACAUUCAGUUGAUUUAUUACCUUAUAUUUUAAGUAAAAUACGAAUUGUAUUUUAUAAUGGUGAAUUAGAUAUCAUUUGUAAUACAAAAGGUGUAUUAUCAUAUUUAAAGAAAUUGGAAUGGAAUGGUAAAACUGGAUUCACAAAUGAUAAUGAAACUACUUGGUAUUAUGGAAAAGAAAAUGCUGGUUAUGUUUUAAAAGAUCGUAAUUUAACAUUCGUUAACGUUUGGAAUGUUUCUCAUAUGGUUACAUUUAAUGUCUGA